UUUAAUUAUUGCCUUCCACUAAUGUCGUAUACGUUAAGUGCUUAGUCUUCUUGAUUGUGUUUGCAGAUUAAGCGUCUGUAGCGUCGUAUAUUUCAGGAUUGGUAGAAAUGUUUCACCCAAACAUGUUUGAGAGUCCCCAUAUGACAAAAAGCUCUGAAAGUGAUUUGGGGAAGCUCAAAGACAAUGAUUACGAGACUAAAUCUGGUACCGAAAUGAUUGACGUUCCCUCUAGUGAAGAUCAAUAUCCAAGUCAACAAGCUAAAAGGAAGCGAUACCAUCGCCACACUCAACGACAAAUACAGGAAAUGGAAGCACGACAUAUCAACAUCGACCUGCACUUCAUCCGUGAGUUGGUUUCCCAUGGAGCCAUUCAACUUUGACAUGUUCCUACUAUUUCUCAACUUGUUGAUAUCUUCACAAAGGGAUUGUCUCGUCAUAUGGGUUGACCAUGUUGAAGUAGAUGACAGAUCUGUUCACAAUAUCUAUAGACCUCUAGUUAAUUGUGGCCUUGCUUUUGGAGCAAAACGCUGGGUGGCUACAUUAGAUCGACAGUGUGAGCAUCUAGCAAGUACAAUGGCUAGUAAUAUUCCAGCAGGAGAUCUCUGUGUGAUAACAAGCCCAGAAGGGAGAAAGAGUAUGCUGAAGUUGGCAGAAAGAAUGGUGACUAGUUUCUGUAGUGGUGUUGGCGCUUCCACUGGACACGCUUGGACAACACUGUCAACAACAGGUUGUGAUGAUGUUAGGGUGAUGACCAGGAAGAGUAUGGAUGAUCCAGGCAGACCUCCUGGUAUCGUUCUUAGCGCGGCAACUUCCUUCUGGAUUUCAGUUCCACCAAAGAGGGUCUUUGAUUUCCUACGCGAUCAGAACUCUCGAAGUGAGUGGGAUAUCCUCUCGAAUGGUGGUCUGGUUGAAGAAAUGGCUCACAUCGCAAAUGGGCGAGACCCAGGGAACUGUGUUUCUUUAUUGCGCGUGAAUAGUGCAAAUUCAAGCCAGAGCAACAUGCUGGUCCUACAAGAGAGCUGCAUUGAUUCUACAGGUUCAUAUGUGAUUUACGCUUCGGUUGACAUAGUCGCAAUGAAAAUGGUGUUAAGCGGCGGGGACCCAGAUUAUGUUGCUCUUCUGCCACCAGGGUUUGCUAUACUUCCUGAUGGUCCAGGAGGAGGAAGAAUUCUUAAUGUUGGUUCCGGUGGUUCUCUUCUUACAGUUGCAUUUCAGAUCUUAGUUGAUUCAGUUCCAACAGCAAAACUCUCUCUUGGAUCAGUGGCCACGGUAAACAGUCUAAUAAAAUGCACAAUUGAAAGGAUCAAGUCUGUAGUGACAUGUGAGAAUGCACAAUAAAUACUUCUAACAUGCAGUGAGGAAAGUUAUCACUAUAUAUCUCGCUUUCUACAAGGAGAUAACUUCGAAUUAUGUUUUUUGUCACAUUUUUAUAUUGUUUUGCAGCCAAAACAAAAGUAGAGAAAAAAGGAAACAAGCAGGAAUUGGAUUUGCUUUAGAAGUUGAUUAAGAGGAGUCAAGAACGCACCUUCCUUGAUCCCUCGAUCGUGGGCUUUUUUAUGCCUAGAGAAGUUCACUUUAAAAGGGUAAAAAGGUUCGGGUAUUGACUUCGGCAACAAAUUAAAAUUAGAUGAAAAGUGAGCUUAGACCUUGUUAAAUUUUUUUACAAUAACUUUGUUUUGUUUGGUGUUGUUAGUAGUCCUAGCGAGGAGCAGCAAUCUAAUUUUCAUGCGUUUUGUUAGAUUUGCAU